GCUGACUAGGGCCUUGAUUCCUUGUUGGCAAAAUGCACAGAUUAUUCCUCGUGCAUGAACUACUCGUGAUAAUAUGUGAACAUCUGUAUGACGAAGAUGAUAUCCCAAAUGCUUCCAAAGAGGCUCUAGCACGUCUUGCCAGAACCUGCAAGGCCUUUCAUGCGGUGGCAUUGAAUGCUCUCUGGUCAAAUCUCGACGGCGUUGCGCCUCUAAUCCAAUGCUUACCUGCAGAAGUCGCUCGAUUGUAUUGGCGCCUGCCCCUAGGUACAGCAGUGGUUGGUAUUGAACGGGCACCUCGAAAAGCAGAAUGGGACAUCAUUCAAGGCUAUGCUAGUCGUGUUCAGCGUCUGCGUGUCUUAAACCCUCUUCGUCCUGUAGAACCAUCCGUCAUCUUUACACUUUCCCGUCCACCUACUGGCACGUCCCCACUGUUCCCGAAUCUACGCUCGCUCGUCUGGAAUGACAGCAGACCCCAAACGAUGUGCUUCUUACAAACUCUAUGUGGACCUCUUUUGACAUCCCUUAAGUUUGAUUGCUUGCGUACUGCUCGGUGGGAUGCGGCUGCAUCUGCUAUUUGGAAUGCUGUUCCCACUAUUUGCCCUGCUGUCAAAGCCAUCACCCUUCCCUCCAGUCCCCCCGGUUUCCUAAUUCCAAACAUGCUUCGCACAUGGAAUCACCUCGAGGAAGUCACAUGUGGUGAAAUCGAUAUCGUCAUCUUUCGUCAUCUCGCCAAACAAACCUACUUACACAAACUUGCAUUUAUAUUGUCACAAUCCAUCUCUCAAGAUCUGACAGACCACCCUCUAUCUCCGCAUACUUUUUCGCGCCUCCGUGAACUGGAAGUUCAUGCACCUAAACUACCUUCCUUGAUCGACUUCAUGCAGAAACUAGACAUACAUCCCAUAUGUAUCCGUGGUCAAGUGGAUGCUGGUCCAACUCCCUGCGACAUGGGAGUAUUUUUUGCCUUUCUCACGGAGCAUUACAUGGGAGUCAAGCUGCAGAAUAUCUCAUUGCAGAGUCUGCCUGGUAUACGAAUGCCCUCUGAGGCUCAACCCCCGCUACUGUCACCUACCGGUAAUCGUUUUAACGGACAGCCGUCCCACACCGGCAUUCAUGGCAGUAAUUUCAUGCCUCUCACCCGGUUUGGUAGCAUUGAUACCUUGGUGAUUGACGUGAAUUGCAGUAUACAUCUCACAGAUGAAGAUCUGACAUCCUUGGUGGCUGCAUGGCCUCACCUCCGGACCUUGAGUAUCAACAAAAUGCACGGUUGGGUCGUAAAAUCCGACAUCACCCAAAUUGGCUUGCUCGAGAUGCUUCAAUGUUGCCCCAAACUCCAGACUCUUUGCAUUGCAAUCGAUACCGACACAUUUACAGAGGUGCCUUUGGAUCGCCCAGGAGGUGGAGUCCAAAAUAUGAAUAUCCGGACGCUUGCUUUUGCAGACUCAGUUAUCCAACUUCACACAACUACUGUAGUCGCUGCAUUCCUGUCCGAUAUAUUCCCCAGGCUCAAUGAGGUUACAGCCUGGAAGUCGGAUCGAAUGCGUAUCCGACGGGACGCGGACCCGAUGGUGCACGCCACUCGUUGGGAAGGCGUUUCUCAGCAAAUCAGGGGAAUGAUCAGAAUUCGACAACAGGAAAGGAGGUGGCGCCGCAACGAAUAAACCAGUUCGAUGUCCAUGAUUUUCUAGGGAACGGUUGGCUACCAGAUCUUACUUAUUCGAAGUACAGUGCAGGAGCCCUGACCUUUCGCUCGGUAUGUAUGAGGGUGCAAAAACAUGAAGUAUGGCGGUUUCCAGGAAGGAAUAAACAAUCAUUGAAGGCUGGGUUGAUUAACUACUCACUCAGUAUUCGAUCUAAUCUCGGAAUGAUCGGGUGGUCUUCAAAAUUUUUGUAUCAUAUCGAUCACAUGAUAUUUUGCUGUAAU